CUUUUUUUUUUUUUUUUUGUUGGUUGUGUAUUUCUUUGGUUUUUAGGUUUGGUUGCUUGUUUUUUUUUGGUUUUUUUUUUUUUUUGGAUAUAAUGAUUUUAUAAUCAAGAAUUAUCCUUAAAACUUUAGAACACUGGUGUUAUUUCCCUCACCUUUUACCUCUGUAGGUUAGUUAUUUCUUAAACAUUUGCUAUGUUAGAAGAAGACCCCUCUGGAGGGGUAUCGUGUCCCCCUCCCCUUUUAUUGUAGGCAGCUGCUGAACAUACUGGCCAGGAGCUGCUAAGGGUGGCUUCCUGUCAGGAUUGCUUCAUGCAAAAUCACAAGGAAGCAAAUGUUUCUUGCAUCCUCCCAUUGUGCUGUUUCCUGUGGAGCAGACUGGAUGCAUGUCCUGGAUACAGGUUUUUUAUGGCACUGUACGUGUUGGGAUGAUCCAAUCAAAUUGUUCUUGGUAUCCCCUAUAGUCUGAGCGUAGCAGGAAAUGAGGCUUCCUCUCAACCUUUUGUUCUCAAGUUAGCCUGACUGUGGAGAGCUCUUGGCUCUAUCAGAAUCCAGAAUGAAGGUGAGCUCAAAAUUGAUUUAGGGUUCGGUUGUUUUAAGGUUUAAGGUUGUUUUAAGGUUGUUUAAGGUAAGUUUAAUCUAUAAUUUUUAAGCUUUGUUUUAAAUGUUCCCUUUCUUAGUCAUUCUUUCUCCCUUGUUUUCCCUUUCUGAUCCAGUUCUGGUUUCUGCAUGAGCACCCGUCCUGUGUAUUUCAUUUUUUUUAGGAUCAGGGCUAGGCUUUUGUGUUUCUGUUCACACUUCAAGUUUACUUACACUUCAAGUUUGUUUAAAAACUACCACAAUAUGCAUGUAGCGAUAACGGAAAUUUCACACUCUUAAUACUUUCUUGUUCCAUAGCAGCUUAAUUUUUUUCCGUAAUUUGAGCAGUGGUUAAGCUGAUCUACAGUCUGGUUUUGACUUUAUAAAUUAUGCUGUUAAUAAAGUCCAUCAUGUCUGUUUGUUAAAUCAGACUAUUUUUUUCUCCUUAAUGCUUUUUUUUGUGUACACAGUAUUUUAAUAUUCCUUGUGUUUGAGGAAAUGCCUUACAAAAUUCACAUCUAGGCCAUUCCCUGAUGCCUCUCCUUAGUCCUUACAGCUUCAAAUAACCAAGAUAAGUCUUUUUAAAUUAUCUGUAGUCCAGAGAAACUUGUUGAAGUAGGUAUUUGACUUAAUUUAUGUGAGCAAUAACUGCUUGGAGUAUACUGCAGUGUGGUUCUGACUGCUUGGUGCUGUGUGUGUUGUGUGGCAUUGCUUUUCUGAGCUGUGUAAAUGCUACUCAAGCUUGAGGCACCUGUACAGGUUGGCACCUGUACAGCCCAGCUAGAACUGCUGCUUUCUGGGACCAGAGAUGAUCCUCAGUCUGAGGGGGGAGAAAUGAGCAUGUGAAUGUGUGCAGGUACCUCAAAUACUGUGGCUGCAUUGGGAGUUUGUUGUUGGGUUUUUGUUUGGCUGGUGUUUUUUAAUUUUUUUUUUUUUUUUUUUUUUUUACUAACACAGUCAUUAAAUGUUUCCUAAAUCUGUUCUACCUUUCCUGUGAUACUGCAUCACCAGUCAGAACUGGUCUGGCAGCCCCUUCUGUGAUUACUUUCAUAGCUUUUGUUAACACUUUUGCUUCUCUUGGGUUAAACUAGCCUUUCUUUGUUCCUUUCUCGCUUCUCCCCUGGGAUUAUGAGUUUUUCCUCUCCUGUCUGUGAAGGCUGUUUUCUGGGACUUUUGAUGCAAAUGACCUGUAUCAGGGACAGAAUUUCAGCAAAGUUCUUAGCUCUCUUGUGGCUUUAAAUAAAGUGACUGCAGACAUUGGGCUGGGCAGUGACUCUGUAUGUGCACGUCCCUCAUCUCAUCGGAUAAAGUCCUUUGAUUCUUUGGGAUCCCAGUCUUCACACAGUAGAACUUCAAAACUCUUUCAGGGACAGUAUCGGAGUUUGGACAUGACAGAUAACGGCAACCAUCAGUUGGUGGUGAGAGCCAAAUUUAAUUUUCAACAGACAAAUGAAGAUGAACUUUCUUUUUCAAAAGGUGAUAUUAUUCAUGUUACAAGAGUGGAAGAAGGAGGCUGGUGGGAAGGAACCUUGAAUGGAAAAACAGGGUGGUUUCCAAGUAACUACGUACGAGAAAUCAAAUCAAAUGAAAAACCAGUCUCCCCCAAAUCAGGUACAUUGAAGAGUCCACCUAAAGGCUUUGAUACAUCUGCAAUUAACAAAAGUUAUUACAAUGUGGUGCUACAAAAUAUAUUAGAAACAGAAAAUGAAUAUGCUAAGGAGCUACAAACAAUGCUUUCAAACUACCUGCGACCAUUACAAGCCAGUGAAAAGUUAACCUUGACAAAUACUUCAUACUUAAUGGGAAACCUGGAAGAAAUAAGUUCUUUCCAGCAAAUGCUUGUACAGUCUUUAGAAGAAUGCACCAAGUUGCCUGAAGCUCAGCAGAGGGUUGGAGGAUGUUUUCUAAAUUUGAUGCCACAAAUGAAAAGCUUAUACCUUACAUACUGUGCCAACCACCCAUCAGCAGUAAAUGUCCUCACAGAACACAGUGAGGAACUAGGAGAAUUCAUGGAGAUGAAAGGUGCAAACAGCCCUGGGAUCCUUGUACUGACCACAGGCCUCAGCAAACCUUUUAUGCGUCUGGAUAAAUACCCCACGUUACUCAAAGAACUUGAAAGGCACAUGGAGGAUUAUCAUCCGGAUCGUCCAGAUAUUCAAAAAUCCAUGACUGCCUUCAAAAAUCUUUCUGCACAAUGUCAAGAAGUACGGAAACGGAAAGAACUUGAACUGCAAAUCCUGACAGAAGCUAUUCGUUGUUGGGAGGGAGAGGACAUCAAAACACUUGGCAAUGUGAUUUACAUGUCCCAAGUCAUGAUUCAGUGUGCUGGAAGUGAGGAAAAGAAUGAAAGAUAUCUUCUUCUCUUCCCUAACAUUUUGCUAAUGUUGUCUGCCAGCCCAAGAAUGAGUGGGUUUAUCUAUCAGGGAAAACUGCCUAUGACAGGAAUGACUAUUACAAAGCUAGAAGACAGUGAAAACCAUAAAAAUGCAUUUGAAAUAUCAGGAAAUAUGAUUGAAAGGAUAUUAGUAUCUUGUAACAACCAACAAGAUUUGCAUGAAUGGGUGGAUCACCUGCAGAAGCAAACCAAAGUCACAACUGUUGGGAAUCCCACCAUUAAACCUCACUCUGUGCCAUCUCACACGCUUCCUUCCCACCCAGUGACUCCCUCCAGCAAGCAUUCAGACAGCAAGCCAAUACCACUGACUCCUGCCUACCACACUCUCCCUCAUCCCUCGCAUCAUGGGACUCCACAUACCACAAUCAACUGGGGACCGCUGGAACCUCCCAAGACGCCCAAGCCGUGGAGCCUGAGCUGCCUGCGGCCCGCGCCUCCCCUGCGCCCUUCGGCUGCUCUGUGCUAUAAAGAGGAUCUCAGUAAAAGCCCUAAAACCAUGAAAAAGCUGCUUCCCAAACGCAAGCCAGAGCGGAAGCCAUCAGAUGAAGAGUUUGCACUGAGAAAAAGUACAGCUGCUUUAGAAGAAGAUGCUCAAAUUCUUAAAGUCAUAGAAGCAUAUUGCACAAGUGCCAAAACACGUCAAACAUUAAAUUCAACAUGGCAAGGCACUGACCUGAUGCAUAAUCACGUCUUGGCUGAUGAUGACCAAUCAAGUCUAGACUCCUUGGGUCGUCGCAGUAGUCUUUCUCGUUUGGAGCCUUCAGACCUCUCAGAAGACUCUGACUAUGACAGUAUAUGGACAGCCCAUAGUUACAGAAUGGGGUCUACAUCUCGUUCCCGUAAAGAAUCAGCUCCUCAAGUCCUGCUUCCAGAGGAAGAAAAAAUUAUUGUAGAAGAAACUAAAAGUAAUGGUCAGACUGUUAUAGAAGAGAAAAGCCUUGUUGACACAGUAUAUGCAUUAAAGGAUGAAGUGCAGGAGUUAAGACAGGAUAACAAAAAGAUGAAGAAAUCAUUAGAAGAGGAGCAAAGAGCUCGCAAGGACUUGGAGAAGCUUGUUAGAAAAGUUUUAAAGAAUAUGAAUGAUCCAUCUUGGGAUGAAACCAACUUAUAACCACUUUUUCUUUUCCCCUUCUUCUUUCUAUUGAAAGACCAGUUGUAGAACUGAGCUGGGAAGCCUUCUGACAUUAGUCAGUGUUGCAUCAAGAGCACUGUAAAACAGGAUUUAACUGGAUCUAGUGAUUUCUUACUCUGAACAUACAGAAAGAGUCAAGCCAUUUCCUGCAGCAAUCUGUACUUUAAGGAUGGAGACUGUGGAUCCUGAACUCUACUAAACUUAAUUUGUUUGCAUCCAAAUUACCUCAUUUUGCAGAAAGUGCAGCACCUGACUAAAAGUCCAUGUUUUUCAGUGGCUUUUUAAUUAAAUAUAUAUUUUUCAUGUAAAUAGCUGUAAUUUAGAAUGCAUAUGUGAUUGAUGUAUCAGGGCUGAUAUGUUGGGGUUUUUUCUUAUAUUAUUAUAAUGAUCACAAGUGUUAGAACUUAUGGCAGUACUGUCUUACCUAAGAAAGGUCAGAGUUCUUUGUGGAUAAUUAUGAAUUAGUUCCAAAUUACCCACUCACCACACAUGCAAAUUUAAACCCCUAUUUUUCCUAUUUACCACUAUAUUUAAAUCCUUUACUGUUACCUGUUACUUUAAACACUUUACAGUUCCUUAAGAACAGUAUUAAAAUACAGGAAAUUGUUUAUUGACAGUAGAAACAAUUUUUAACAAACCUAAUGCCCACAAUUUACGUUCACCCACAUACUUGUUUGGCAGACUAAUCUAUUGUGCUUUGGCCACCAAAAGACUGAUGUACUUGCCUGCUUUUUAUGACUGUGAUUUUUAGGUGUUUAUGUACUACAUUUUCUAUUGUUGUGCUUAAACAUACAGCUGGCUGAUAACAGAUCAUGCAGUUCAUUACAGGAAAAAAUCCAGAAUUUUGUGAAUAAAUUGUUGCUAUUUAUAUUUUAUGGUCACAGCAAUUAAAUUUUAGCUAACCUUUGUGCAUAAGACACAUGGGCUAGGCCAGACUUCAUUCAGAGCUUUGUUUCUAUACCACUAUAUAAGACUCUCUGUUUGGAGUUCCCAUACUGUGGAAGCAGUCAUUCCUUUCCCACCCUUUUUUCUUUGCAUGUUGCCGAUUUCUGUCCUACUAGGAUUUAAAUGGAAACAAAUGUGGAAAUAAGUUUUUUUUAAUCGUACUGUAACUCGUAAUUUGCACUGCUGACAGAUUUUAAAAUACAUAAAGGAACAUUAAUUCCCUAGUCUGAUAGGUGCAAUCACUGCAGUUUCUUGUAUUUAAGAUAGGAGAUGAUACAUCACAGCAAACGGUGAGCUUCAGAUGAAGCACUUAAAAUACUAAUCCCAUUAAAGCUCAUUGUUUUCAUGGAUUUCAUCAAACUUUGGGUUUAACUCCAGGCAGUGCAGCUUUCUGAGGGGUUUGUGUUCAGUUGAGUCAGAAGUGCAGGUAUAGCACAGACUUUAGUCACACCUUUUGUCAUUCCGAUUUUCCACUGCUCUUUUAGCUCCUGCUAAAUAUCAUGCUCAGACUUGAGCAAAUGUUUGUACGAACUUUAGUGAGUUUGAGCCAGGAUGAUUUGGGUUGCAAGAAUUGUCAUGCACAUUUUGAAUCUAAUGAAAAAUCUACUUUUAAAGCUACCCACUUUUUUCAGUCAAGAACAGCUUUAUUUAAAUAGGAAAUUCUGUCAGUGAUUACAUACUUGAGAAACAAUUCUGUGGGAAUGGAUGCUUCAUAACCUGACUAGACAAGCUGUCUCUUUUAGAAAGCUAAAUACAUUUGUAGGUGUCUUGUGUUCCUGCAAUUUAAAAAUGUUUUCCUUUAAUUCUAAAGGAGGAGAAAAUGAAAAACAUCUACAUGACCAGUUUUAUAUAUUCACAGAACUUUAAAUUUGUUAAUUGUUGUUAACAAAAUCUUCCCUUGAUGUUUGCGGCUGCACAAAAUUGUGGACUGAUAUUUUAUUUAUCUUCACAUUUAGAAAAUAUUCUUGCUAAAAACUAAGUGCUACUAACCCCUGCAAAUGCAUAUAUCAUGGCCAAAUUUUGACUUGGGAAAGCCAAUAUAGUUAGAAUUUUGCUAACAUUUUCACUUUCUGACAUCCAGGGUGUUUUCAGAGUGAUUUUUAAUUUUCAAUUGAGCAUAUAUGAAAGGAUAUUCCAGAGGAAGUAUGCAAGGAAAACAUUAACCUUAGUAGUAUCUAGCAAAUUUUAACUCAGGAACAACUUCCAUCAUAACAAUUUGUUUUGCAUUAUAUUGUAAAGAGUGGUGUUGCUAUGUAAAUCUGCUGACUCUUAGUACCUGUGAUAUUAUAAUUUCUGACAGUACCCCUACAUUGACAUCUAAUGAACAUGCCUUAAACACUGGGAUGAAACAGUUGUUAAAUAUGACCAGGACUUAGGGACUGAUUUUAUUCAAAGUGGAUUGGGAAGACUAAUUUUUACACAAACACAUACACACACACACACAAAAAAAAAAAAAAGAGAGACAGAAAAUGUUGUAGGUAGUUUUUGUCUCUAGUGCAGAGAGCAGCUUCUGACUUUUGGGAACCAAGUACCUGAACUUGUUUUCAUUGAUGAUUUGUUACAGUGUAUAUAGAUUGUAAAUGUCACCAUGGACCUUCUGAAUUGUUGGAAACUUUACAUAAGCAUGGAUAUAUGGGGCACUGUUUAUUUAACCUAUUAAAGGGUUGUUUGUUUGCUCUCAUCAUUUAGGGAUGAGGAGAUGAAGCCAUUUCUUAUCCUAUAGAUGUGAAGCACUUUCAGUUCUGAACUGUCCAAAAUGUAGCAUAACAUUUCUCUGUACUUACUGAUGUAUAUGUGUUUGUCUCUCCAUGUCAUGACAUCCUAAAGAUUGAAUAACUGACUGCUUUUGUAUAAACCUUUUUAAUGCAAAUCAUUUAGGGAAUUUAGAGUAUCUGUUUACAGUGUCUGUGAAGAACUCUAGUUUAGAUGUCACAAUAAUAUCCUGGUAUCCACUACUAAAGCGUUUAUGCUACAUUGUAAUUAAACCAUGAAUUUUUCCCCU